CAUGCAGUCGAUAAUGCAGGCUGAUUACUUUUUUUUUUGUUUUUAUCAAACCAAAAUACAAAUGGCGCAUUGUUUCUAAAACCUUUGAAGACAAUAAUAAAUAAUAUCUACACUGUUAUUUUUUACCGGUUCGGGUAGAGUGUGAGAAAUUUAAAAUAUGCCAAAGCCUAAAUCGUUGAUCUGGCAUCAUUUCAGUGAAGUUUUAGAUGACAAGCAUGUAAUACAUGGAAAAUGUAAUUAUUGUGGGAUUCAAUAUGUUACAAAUGCACAGCGUAUGGAAAAACACUUACGUGAAAAAUGUAAAAAAUGUCCAGAUACAGUUAAACAUGACUUGGGAUGCUUGUCUGAAAAUCUUCAGCAUCCAUCACAGAGUUUUGCAGCUUCGACUCGAUAUAAACAAAACCAAAGCAACUUGAAUAAUUUUGUUGACAAAGUUUCGUCUGAAAAAAAAAUUGACAUGGACACAAAUUUAGCUCGAGCAAUUUAUUCCAGUUGUUCUCCUUUUACGUUGGUAAAAAAAAGUCAUUUUAAACAAUUUUUGAAAAUUGCCUUACCUCGUUACCACCCACCAUCCCAAGACUAAGUAUCAGGUAUACUUCUUGAUAAGGAGUAUAAAUUGUUAUCUUCUGUAAUGAAAAGUAAAUUGGAGAAUGCAAACUCGUCAACUAUGAUGUCUGAUGGCUGGACAGACAUUAACCGAGUGUCUCUUAUAAAUAUUAUUUUUACAACACCAGAACCAGUUUUUUAUAAAUCACAUACUGGUGAAUAUAUUUCUGAAAUUCUGAGUAAGGCUAUUGAAGAAGUAGGACCAAAAAAAGUACAUGCCUUAAUCUCAGACAAUUCAGCAAAUAUGAAAUCUGCGUGGAAAAUUUUGAAAGUAAAAUAUUCUCAUUUGAUUAUAUUUGGAUGUGUAGCCCACGGCUUAAAUUUACUAGUCAAGGAUAUUCUUAAAUUACCAGAUAUAAAAGAAAUAAUUGACAUGUCAAAAACAAUAGUAAAAUUUUUUAAAGAUCGUACUAUAUUGAAUUCUAUUUUGAUGAAGACUCAAAAGAUGAGAACUAAUAAGCAGUUACAAUUAUUACUACCAGUUGAUACGCGUUGGGGCACUUAUAAUGCUUGUUUGAAUAG